AGUUUCAAGUCAGCAGGAGCAGGAUUGGGUCCCUGUAGUUCUUAAUUUAAAGUUUUGAGUUCACAGUCUGCACUAGAACAAAAGAAAAAAGUAUUUUCAGUUUAGGAAAUACUCUUCUGAAUUAAUUUCCACAAAUUAUGGAAGCUGCAUUGUUGUUGGUAUUUUUUUCCCAGACUUCAGUCUAAUUAUUCUUUAAUUGUUUUAUUCACUUCUUAUUUUUCAGGAGUCUUUGAAAAAUCCUUAGUGGUCAUGACAUUGUUACAAGUGACAUAAAUUAGCCAGUGGCUCAGAAUGAUGGAUACCCAGAAGACUACAAAUGGUUUGCAAGUGAUUGGAGAAGGGACUGGUAUAGGGAAAUCGACACUCCACAUGGUGGGGUAUUUGGGAAAAAACUGUAAUCCUGUGGAAACAGCUGCACAUGAGUAUUGUCCGGUCUGCAAAGAGAAGGGUUGGAUCCAAGGUUUACGGAGUUACCGCCUUAAUUUUCAAGAGUCCAUUUUCCUUUGUGAAAAUCCUCAGUGUAUCUACCCACUUGGUUAUAAACCAUUAAACAGCAUAAUUACUUCUGCUGGUUCAGAAAAUCAUCAAGUUCCAUCUACUCACAAGAAAAGGAAAUUGGGUGAUACCAGUGACUUUUCUGCUGUUGAAUCAGAUCCAAAAAAAGCAAGAACUAACAGUGUGCUCAACGUUGAGCACACCAUUAAUGCACACUCCGUUGUGAAAGGCUACCAGAAUAGUUUGUGUAUUCCCAAGGCAAGCCUACAUCAUGUAUUACAAAAUGACCAGCAAAACCCUGGCAGCCAGGUGGAAUCCUGCAUGCAGAAGGUGGAUUUUGAAACAACCACCAAGACCAACAACGACCAAAAAAGUCCACCAAAGACUUCUAGUCUCAAAACACAGCUGUUGCCAAAUUCAGAGGUUUUAUCAACAGCAUCUGAAAUUUCACUCAAAGGGGAUAAAGGUUCCACUAAUAACAGAGAUUUGUGUCUUCAGUGGAGAAACAUACAUAAUCUUUGUUGGUUAGACUGUAUUUUGUCAGCACUGGUACACUUAGAAACAUUAAAAUCUGCUCUAGCAGAAGAAGAUAACAAUGGAAAAUGUUUAUUCCAGAAACUCUUAACAAAGUAUAAUCAAACAUCUAUUCUUCUGAAUACCUGUAAAAGGAGUAAAGUAAAAGAUGUUCUUCCAAAAGCAGAAUCUCAGCUCAAUGAAAUCAGAAACGUUAUAUUUACAGAACUUCAGCCUCAGCUGAGGUGUGAAUUGGGUGGUAUGAAGAAUCCGGUGUUUGCACUUCAGCAACUCUUACAAGUGGAUCAACAAGCUGAGAAACUAUUCUUACAUUCCUUUUCAUGGAAGUUUGAAUGUAUACAUUGUGGCCACAAAUACCAGGACCGAUUGAAAAGAACCCUAACAACAUUUACAAAUGUAAUCCCUGAUUGGCAUCCACUUAACGCUGUUCAUAUUGGAUCAUGUAGUAACUGUGGUGAUACAUCUCAAAGAAGACAGAUGAUCCUGGAAAAAGUAUCCUCAAUAUUAGUGUUACAUUUUGUGGAAGGCUUGCCACAUAACAACCUGGAGAAAUAUUCAUUUCAAUUUGAGGAUGACACCUACCAAGUAACAUCUGUUGUUCAGUACCAAACAGAUAAGAAGCACUUCAUAAGCUGGUCUUUGAAUCCUGAUGGAACUUGGCUUGAAUGUGAUGAUUUAAAGGGUCCGUAUUGCAAGAGACGUAAAAGAUUUGAAGUUCCUCCUUCAGAGAUUCAUAUUGUUAUCUGGGAAAAGAAAGCAUCUCAUGUGCCAGAAGAACUGAAUUCACAGUUCCAAAGUAAAAAUAGUGAAGAGUUUGCUCUUAAAAAUGUACAUUCAGAUUCCACAGCGUUGCACUGUGGUUUUGAUAACACUGUCUGCAAAACACCUGGAGAACACCACAAAGAGGAUUCUGUGAGGACUUCAGAGAAGAAACAGCAGCAAGUAGCUGAGGACAAAAGUAUUGUUCAACAUGGUUUAGAAAAUCUGGCAGAUGGUGAUCUUGUAACACUGAUGCUUGAAGAAGUUCCAGUUGACUUGGAAGAUAAAUUGCUGCCUAAUGGACGGAUGGAGGGAAAUAACCUUCUUGAUGGAUGGGGAGCACCACAACAGCAGGAACCAGCUUUUUCACUUGGCACUCCAUAUACAGGAGAGUUUGCUGGAACUAGUCUAGCUAUGAACAAUAAAUCCAUGUUAUAUGAAAAUUCUGGUAUUUGCUUACCUCUAGAAGAGUUGAACCCAGUAAAUAUUACUCCUCCUGUGCCCAAAAAACAUGUCCCUGAUUCAUCUGACUCAUUGUCUUCUCAAUUAAAUGACAGAACUAAUUUAGCUAACAGAGAACGUGGAUUAAAUUCAGAACUACUGCUAAACAAGAAGUUGUUAGCAGUAGAAAAUACUACACAAAUACUACCUGACUUGAAAAAUGCAAGCAAAACUGUAGUUAAUUCUCAAGCUGCUAGUUCUUCUGGUGCCAGUAAUUCAGUUCAGCCCUCACACAAAUACCAAAAAGGAGGAUUUAUAGGAAGCUGGGUAAAGAAAUUAUUAAGCAAGAAUACUUUUAUGCCUUCAAGUGCCUCAGCUCUCGAGAAUGAGAGAAGUUGCAAAACUCCCUCAGUGCAAAAGAUAAGUGAAGUUCGGCUGCCAAGUAAGGGCGCAAGUAACUUUGGUGGAUUUCAAUGCAGAGGUACAAACAAAACAACUAAGACCCCAAAGUUACUGGCUCCUCAGAGUAAUAAUGCUCAUCCUUCAUCAAAUUUCAAAGGAUCGUCUCAAAGCACUUGUCUUCCAACAGCAAAUCAUACCACUGUUGUAGGUCCAACUUGGAAUGAGUCAGCAAGUACGUUGGGUACCUCAGGUAAAGUGACUCACUUACCUUCACCUGGCUAUAACUCGGGUAAGGCAGAAGAGUCAGACAGUGACAAAACAAAAAAACUUCGCCUGAAAUUGUUAAAAAAGCUUAAUGCUAAAAAGAAGAAGUUGGCUUCACUGGAUAGAUUAGCAGUGGAGCAGAUGAAACAGGAAAAGCUUGUGAGUGGAGACGUAAGCACCCCAUCACAGACUGAAUCUAAAAAUGACAGUGAAUUAUUGCAGAGCUUUUUAAGGGAGCUGCAGUAUCAGAUUGAUGUCACAGGUAAUGAAUCUGGAUUUAAUGCAGACACUGUGCCAGGCUGCACUGGCCAUGACAAUACUGAUGAAAUACUGGCGGAAUUACUGUCCCCUACUUCGACUGUCACUUCCUUGGAGGCUGCAAAGAGCGAAGAUGAGUGUAUGUACAUGGAGAUGGUGCACAGCAGCGUGACAACAGCCGUGCCCAGUGAGAACACCAGUGUGCCACAGACAGCAGUGACAAGUGAGGACCACAAUUACUACAGUCCUGUCAAGGACACUAAUUCAGAGCUUGAUGCAAUAAACAAACGCAGUGUGAAAAAACUUUCUUUUGAAAGUCCUACAAGAGAUGAUAUCCUCGAAGACCUGUUCUCCAUUUCGGCACCAAGCUCAAUGGCAGGUGACAUAGAUUUACCUCAUUUUGAUGAAACUCUGUUUGAAACUUGGUAAAUACUCAGUUUCUUGGGUUUAAAUAUUUUUUCAGUAUUAUGUAUAUUUUGAAAGAAAGCACUACUAAAUUAUAUUUUAUAACUAGUUUAAUUGCACACUGGUUGUACUUGAACAAUGUACAUUUGAGGGUUUUUUUUCCUUAAUAUUUUAUUGUAACAAGCAAAUCAGGGUUUAAUGAAUUUUAUUUUUUUUUGAGAAGCAUUAUUUUAGCUGUCAGAUAUGAUGAUGAUUUUUAAUUAAAAGCUCCUAUGAGUCUUAAUUUUUGCUGCUUUUAAUAUGAAAAACUUCCAUACUCUAGUGAGUUUGAGUUCUGUACUCUUGAUGAUGUAAUGGUGUAAGAAAUACUUUUUUUGUAGUAGUGAUUUUCCACUCAACUCCUGAAGUUAUUUUGUCCAACAUUUAAAAAAUUUAAGUACCUUCUGUAAUUUGGGAAUUUUGCAUCCUCUUAUAUGAAGAUCAUUUGUACAUUAUAAACUUUAGGCUGGUAUUCAAUUCCUUACAGAAUCACUGUUCUACAAGCUUAUGCUGAUGUAUACACCCCUUGGAUCCAAGAAAAGAUGGAUAUAUGGUAGAAAUUUUCCUAUUUAAAGUUACAGCACCUACUGAGUUUUCAUCCUGGGCAACUGCAAAUGUAACUUGAUAGAAUAUCUUCUGAGCCAGGUUUUUUUUAAAGUAGAAUUAGUAAGAUUCAGUCCAGAGUUUGCAUCACUAAGAAGGAAUAUCAGAUGUACUCGUUAGUUUUUCAUAGCUGCAAAAACAAUUAAUAAAAGAAAGGUUUUUAGAAUUAAUUUAACUGGAAGUUAAUGCCUAUUACUGUUGUCACUUGGAGUUUUUCAUGACUCAGGCAGUGCACCCCUGACCGUAUGUGAGAUGCCAAGGAGAGGCAAAGGUCAGUAGGAAGAAAGUAAUGGAAAAACUUGGCAAGACAGCAGUGAGUAAGCAGGGGGAUUCACACCUUGGUGUUUCUGGAUUUGUAUAGGUUUCAUUUUGCUAGAUUGGAGUCUUUUUUAAAUGCGUAGACACAAAGAUGAGGGUAUUAUAUGCCAAGUUAGAUUAGCUGUACAUUUUUCUUGUUCUUGGAAAUAAGGAUUUUAUUAGCAAGUCUUUAUAUCAGGCAUGUUUAGAGGUGUCCUCCAUUUUUUCAUUGUUUUAGAUCCCAAGUUCAAAACAUUAAAUGCUCAUUCUUAAUUUUCCAAUAAAUGCAGUUGAACAUAAUGUUUUUGUAAGGCAUGGCUACAGAUCUAAUGGUUUUAGGAUUGCUUGAACUAGGUUUAAAAAGUGUUGGAAAAACUAUCAUUGGCCCUGAAUGCACCGUGUCAACUUAUUUCUGCUGUAAUUGGGUACAUUGUUAUCAAACUGGUACUUCAGGCAGUGAAUGUUUCAUUUUUGAAAUUUAAGUUAUUGUGAAGAAGAACUUGAGCUUCUUUGUUUUAAAUACUGCAAUUGGUAAUCUUACAAUGCAAAACACAAAGUACAAUUCAGAAUGGAUUCUGAAUGUUAAGGGCUGGUGUACUGCUUGUGAAAUGUUUGCCCGUUUGUGAAUUCCCUAAUUAAAACAAACAAACAAAAAAAA